UUUCCGCGUGCUGUAGUUUUUGCAGCUUUGUAGAAACAGGACGGGCUUCUAUUUCCACAUAAAUCUGAAUUAGUUUAUCAGAAGACAGAUCGUGGAAAUGAUUAACUUCUGCAUUGUGAUCCAUGUGUGCGUCUUUUCGCUUGGUGUUUUUGUGGAGGAUAUAAGCGGAGUGACAGUGUCAGUGAUGGAGGGAGAUUCAGUCACUCUAUACACCAAUGUUACAACAAACCAGCAAGUAAAGAUUAAAUGGUAUUUCAAUGACACUCGAAUCGCUCAAAUCAAUGGAGAUCUCAGUAAGAUCUGUACAGAUGUUCAGUGUAAUGAAGGGACUGAGAGAUUCAGAGACCGACUGAAGCUGGAUCAUCAGACUGGAUCUCUGACCAUCAGAGACAUCACAAACACUGACUCUGGAAAUUAUCAACUACAGAGCAUCAGCAGCAGCAUCAGUGAAAAGAUCUUCAGUGUUGUCAUUCAUGGUGUUCCUCCUGCCGAACGAGAUAAAAUACAGAGAAAGUCAUUGAAGGAGGGAGAAUCUGUCACUUUAGAUCCUGGUGACAUAAACAAAGAUGAUAUGAUGGUGUGGUAUUUUAAUGACUCUCUCAUCGCUGAAAUCACUGGAGAUCAGAGUAAGAUCUGUUCAGAUGAUGAGUGUAAAGAGAGAUUCAGAGACAGACUGAAGCUGGAUCAUCAGACUGGAUCUCUGACCAUCAUGAACAUCACAAACACUGACUCUGGAGAUUAUGAAGUGAAGAUCAUCAGCAGAAACUUUAUCAUCCACCGGCAUCGCAGCAUCAGUAUCAUCAGUGACAAUAACUUCAGUGUAUCUGAUUGGAGUGUGCUUUUACUUGUCAUCACAGGAAUAUGUGUUGCUCUUCUGCUGGUGCUUGCAGCAGGUUUCAUUGGUGUUUUUGUGGAGGAUAUAAGCGGAGUGACAGUGUCAGUGAUGGAGGGAGAUUCAGUCACUCUAAACACCAAUGUUACAACUAACCAGCAAGUAAAGAUUAAAUGGUAUUUCAAUGACACUCGCAUCGCUCAAAUCACUGGAGAUCUCAGUUUUAUCUGUACAGAUGUUCAGUGUAAUGAAGGAACUGAGAGAUUCAGAGACCGACUGAAGCUGGAUCAUCAGACUGGAUCUCUGACCAUCACAAACAUCACAAACACAGACUCUGGAUUUUAUCAACUACAGAUCAUCAUCAGCAGCAACAGCAUCAGUAAAAAGAUCUCCAGUGUUGUCGUUCAUGGUAUUCCUCCUGCCGAACGAGAUAAAAUACAGAGAAAGUCAUUGAAGGAGGGAGAAUCUGUCACUUUAGAUCCUGGUGACAUAAACAAAGAUGAUAUGAUGGUGUGGUAUUUUAAUGACUCUCUCAUCGCUGAAAUCACUGGAGAUCAGAGUAAGAUCUGUUCAGAUGAUGAGUGUAAAGAGAGAUUCAGAGACAGACUGAAACUGAAGCUGGAUCAUCAGACUGGAUCUCUGACCAUUACAGACACCAGAACCACAGACUCUGGAGAAUAUAAACUACAGAUCACCUGCAGCAAAAUCACCAUCAUAAGGAACUUCAGUGUUUAUGUCACUGUUUCAGGUCUGUCUGCAAGUGGAAAAGCAGGAAUAUGUGUUGCUGUCCUGCUGAUUAUAGCUGCAUUUGUUUGUGGGUUUUAUUUUUACAAGCGUCGAGUAAAAAGAAAAGACACCAAUAAACAGCACAGUGAUCAGGUGAAUGAUGUUAAUGAUUCAUCUCCUGAUCAGAGUGACGUUCCACUGAUGGAUGUUGCUCAUGAGAGGUCCUCUAAUCACACUGACGCUCUAGUGAAGAACACCACCAAUGACUCGUCCUCUAAUCACACUGCUGCUCUAGUGAAGAACACUACCAGUGACUCAUCCUCUAAUCACACUGACGCUCUAGUGAUGAACACCAUCAAUGACUCGUCCUCUAAUCACACUGACGCUCUAGUGAAGAACACCACCAAUGACUCGUCCUCUAAUCACACCGAUGCUGUAGUGAAGAACACCACCAAUGACUCGUCCUCUAAUCACACUGCUGCUCUAUUGAAGAACACUACCAGUGACGACUCCUCUAAUCACACUGAUGCUCCAGUGAUGGACACCACCAAUGACUCGUCCUCUAAUCACACUGAUGCUCUAGUGAUGAACACCACCAAUGACUCGUCCUCUAAUCACACUGAUGCUCUAGUGAUGAACACCACCAAUGACUCAUCCUCUAAUCACACUGACGCUCUAGUGAAGAACACCACCAAUGACUUGUCCUCUAAUCACACCGAUGCUGUAGUGAAGAACACCACCAAUGACUUGUCCUCUAAUCACACCGAUGCUGUAGUGAAGAACACCACCAGUGACUCGUCCUCUAAUCACACUGCUGCUCUAGUGAAGAACACCACCAAUGACUCGUCCUCUAAUCACACCGAUGCUGUAGUGAAGAACACCACCAAUGACUCGUCCUCUAAUCACACUGCUGCUCUAUUGAAGAACACUACCAGUGACUCAUCCUCUAAUCACACUGAUGCUCUAGUGAUGAACACCACCAAUGACUUGUCUUCUAAUCACACUGAUGCUCCAGUGAUGGACACCACCAAUGACUCGUCCUCUAAUCACACUGAUGCUCUAGUGAUGAACUCCACCAAUGACUCAUCCUCUAAUCACACUGACGCUCUAGUGAAGAACACCACCAAUGACUCGUCCUCUAAUCACACCGAUGCUGUAGUGAAGAACACCACCAAUGACUCGUCCUCUAAUCACACUGCUGCUCUAUUGAAGAACACUACCAGUGACUCAUCCUCUAAUCACACUGACGCUCUAGUGAAGAACACCACCAAUAACUCGUCCUCUAAUCACACCGAUGCUGUAGUGAAGAACACCACCAAUGACUCGUCCUCUAAUCACACUGCUGCUCUAUUGAAGAACACUACCAGUGACUCAUCCUCUAAUCACACUAAUGCUCCAGUGAUGAACAUCACCAGUGACUCAUCCUCUAAUCACACUGAUGCUCCAGUGAUGGACGCCACCAAUGAUUCUUCCUCUAAUCACACUGAUGCUCCAGUGAUGGACACCAUCAAUGACUCGUCCUCUAAUCACACUGAUGCUCCAGUGAAGGACACCACCAAUGACUCGUCCUCUAAUCACACCGAUGCUGUAGUGAAGAACACCACCAAUGACUCGUCCUCUAAUCACACCGAUGCUGUAGUGAAGAACACCACCAAUGACUCGUCCUCUAAUCACACUGAUGCUCCAGUGAAGGACGCCACCCAUGACUCUUCCUCUAAUCACACUGAUGCUCCAGUGAUGGACACCACCAAUGACUCGUCCUCUAAUCACACUGAUGCUCCAGUGAAGGACGCCACCAAUGAUUCUUCCUCUAAUCACACUGAUGCUCCAGUGAUGGACACCACCAAUGACUUGUCCUCUAUUCACACUGAUGCUCCAGUGAAGGACACCACCAAUGACUCUUCCUCUAAUCGCACUGAUGCUCCAGUGAUGGACACCACCAAUGACUUGUCCUCUAAUCACACUGAUGUUCUAGUGAAUAACACCACCAAUGACUCAUCCUCUAAUCACACUGAUGCUCCAGUGAAGAACACCACCAAUGACUCGUCCUCUAAUCACACUGAUGCUCCAGUGAAGGACGCCACCAAUGAUUCUUCCUCUAAUCACACUGAUGCUCCAGUGAAGAACACCACCAGUGACUCUUCCUCUAAUCACACUGAUGCUGUAGUGAUGAACACCACCAAUGACUCGUCCUCUAAUCACACUGAGAUUGAGCCUGCAGCUGCCAGGGAGAUCUAA